AUCUUUCGUCGUCUUCGUCCCGUACAUUCGCCGCUGCUCUAAAAUCAACAACGAUGUUCCUUCCCCGCGUGAACGGCACGCGCUUCCCUCCACUCGUAGCUUCUCGUCGUCUCUUCUCCGCCUCCGCCGCUUCUCUCCAGCAAUACUGCACGGAGAAACCACCGAUCAAACCGUGGCCGCAGAGGCUAUUCCCGAAGCGAUUAGUCUCCAUGAUCACCCAACAGCAGAACAUCGAUCUCGCUCUCCAGAUAUUUCUCUACGCCGGUAAAUCCCAUCCCGGUUUCACUCACAAUUACGAUACUUACCACACAAUUCUCUUCAAACUAUCCCGUGCUCGUGCUUUCGAUCCCGUGGAGUCUCUCAUGGCGGAUCUUCGGAAUUCAUACCCGCCGAUUAAAUGCGGCGAGAAUCUCUUCAUCGACUUGCUUCGAAACUACGGUCUCGCUGGUCGAUACGAAUCUUCAAUGAGGAUCUUUCUUCGAAUCCCUGAUUUCGGUGUUAAACGCUCUGUUCGAUCGUUAAACACACUCUUAAACGUUCUAAUCCAGAAUCAGAGAUUUGAUUUGGUUCAUGCCAUGUUUAAGAACAGUAAGGAGUCUUUUGGAAUCACGCCCAACAUCUUCACUUGUAAUCUACUAGUGAAAGCUCUCUGCAAGAAAAAUGAUAUAGAAAGUGCAUAUAAAGUGCUCGACGAAAUUCCCGCUAUGGGUUUGGUGCCAAAUUUGGUGACUUACACUACGAUUUUAGGUGGGUACGUUGCCAGAGGUGAUAUGGAAUCGGCUAAGAGGGUUUUGGAAGAGAUGUUGGAUCGUGGGUGGUAUCCGGAUGCGACCACUUACACGGUUCUCAUGGAUGGUUACUGUAAGUUAGGGAGAUUCUCUGAGGCAGCUACGGUGAUGGAUGAGAUGGAAAAGAACGAGAUUGAGCCAAAUGAAGUAACGUAUGGAGUUAUGAUCAGAGCUUUAUGCAAGGAGAAGAAAUCCGGGGAAGCACGUAACAUGUUCGAUGAAAUGCUUGACAGAAGUUUUAUGCCAGAUUCUUCUCUUUGUUGUAAAGUUAUUGACGCUUUGUGUGAAGACCACAAGGUGGAUGAAGCAUGUGGUCUGUGGAGAAAAAUGUUGAAGAACAAUUGUAUGCCUGAUAAUGCGCUUCUGAGCACUCUCAUCCAUUGGCUUUGUAAAGAAGGGAGAGUUACAGAAGCGAGGAAAUUGUUCGAUGAGUUUGAGAAAGGCUCGAUCCCUAGUCUCUUGACGUACAACACGUUGAUUGCUGGAAUGUGCGAGAAGGGCGAGUUGACAGAGGCGGGUAGAUUAUGGGACGACAUGUUUGAGAGGAAAUGUAAGCCGAAUGCUUUCACAUAUAACGUUUUGAUUGAAGGCUUGUCCAAGAACGGAAAUGUUAAAGAAGGAGUCAGGGUACUUGAAGAGAUGCUGGAGAUUGGUUGCUUUCCUAACAAAACAACGUUCUUGAUAUUGUUCGAGGGGUUGCAGAAGUUAGGGAAAGAAGAGGAUGCGAUUAAGAUUGUUUCAAUGGCUGUUAUGAAUGGGAAAGUUGAUAGAGAGUCUUGGGAACUUUUCUUGAAGAAGUUUGUUGGUGAACUAGAUAAAGGGGGCCAAAGACUCUUGUGGCAGUUGAAGGGAAGAGAAGCAGCGAGUCAAGGCCGCUUAAGAUUCAGCAUCCAUGUUCCAGUUCAAGCUAUCGUGAUCAUCAAGCAGCUGACAUUGAUAUCCCUCCUUCUUCCUCUCUCUUCUUCUUCUUCUUCCUCUUCCCGAUUUGCCCCUCUCCGUCUUUCUCCGAUCCGAUCUCCGGCGGCGAGGACUCAGCAUUCUGUUCGCGCUUUCUCAGCUGUCACCAUGACCGACUCUAACGACGCCGGAAUGGAUGCUGUUCAGAGACGACUCAUGUUUGAGGACGAAUGCAUUCUCGUUGAUGAAAAUGAUCGUGUGGUAGGCCAUGACACUAAGUAUAACUGUCAUCUGAUGGAAAAGAUUGAAGCUGAGAAUCUACUUCACAGAGCUUUCAGUGUGUUUUUAUUCAACUCCAAGUAUGAGUUGCUUCUCCAGCAACGGUCAAAAACAAAGGUUACUUUCCCACUUGUGUGGACAAACACUUGUUGCAGCCAUCCUCUUUACCGUGAAUCCGAGCUUAUUGAAGAGAGUGUGCUUGGUGUAAGAAAUGCUGCACAAAGGAAGCUUCUCGAUGAGCUCGGUAUAGUAGCUGAAGAUGUACCAGUCGAUGAGUUCACUCCCUUGGGACGCAUGCUUUACAAGGCACCUUCUGAUGGAAAAUGGGGAGAGCACGAACUUGACUAUCUACUUUUCAUCGUGCGGGAUGUGAAGCUUCAACCAAACCCGGAUGAAGUGGCUGAGAUCAAGUAUGUGAGCAGGGAAGAGCUUAAGGAGCUGGUGAAGAAAGCAGAUGCAGGCGAUGAAGCUGUGAAACUAUCUCCAUGGUUUAGAUUGGUGGUGGAUAAUUUCUUGAUGAAGUGGUGGGAUCAUGUUGAGAAAGGAACUCUCAUUGAAGCUGCAGACAUGAAAACCAUUCACAAGCUCUGAACUUUCCAUAAGUUUUGGAUCUUCCCCUUCUCAUAAUAAAAUUAAAAGAUGAGA